CAAAUUGUGACGGGUGACGGGUGACGGUCUAUGAUUAUUGACUGCGACAGCUCAUCGUUUGUAUAACAGUAGUUUUUUUGUACAUUCCAUCAACAAAAAUAUUGCUCCGUUAUUACUAUUUGUUUUAAUAAAAUGUGGGAUCCAACACAUGUGCAAGUGACAGUCCAAAGAGCCCGUGGAUUACUAAUCAAAGGUAAAAACGGUACAAAUAACUGUUUUGUUACCAUUGCCCUCAGUAAAGAAAAGUUUCAAACUUCCGUGAAACACAAAGCUACUGAGAACGUCGAAUGGUUAGAAGAAUGUGAACUACGCAUUCCAACUCACGGUAAUACUGCUGAAAUCGUUUUAAAAGUAUACGAUGAAGAUUUUGUAAAGGAUCACUUAUUAGGUCAAGUAUCGAUUCCGUUAAAAGACCUCGAUGUAUAUGAACGUCCAAGAAAUCGCUGGUAUACAUUGCAAGGUAAAACUGGAAAAGAAAAUGAUAAGAAAAGGGGUGAGCUUGAAGUGAAAAUAGGUUUUACCGUAAAAGAAGGAAGCCUGACGGAUCUUAGUAAGAAGGAAAAACAUAAAUCGUCUUUGUCAAGUAUUGCUCAAAAUGUAGGCGGAAGCCUUAUGAGUAUCGGAAGCAUUGAAAAACGUAAAGGUAUUAAGAAAUUUGCUAAGAAUCUCGGUUCCAAAAUUAAUCUGACCAAGAAAGAUAAGAAAAGUGAUUCUUUAUCACUAGAUGGCAGUGUGGGGAAUCUUAAAACUCCGACUUUGCUGACGCCUGACCAUUCGACCCCUAAAAGAUUAUCAGGGGAAGCAGACCCAGGUGUAAUUAGUGAAGAUGACGAUGAAUUUGCCUUUGAUGACCUGUCCCAUAAGAGUUCUGGGAGUUCACUCAAUGUUCACACACUACCUAGAGGCCAUAAAUAUACUCCAUCUCCUGUUAAUGCCUCCCUUGAAAACCUGGGAGGUGGAGAGUUUCUGAGAAGAUCAACAAGCAGUAAUUUAGCAGUUCCGGAUAAGUUAGCACCUCAAAAACCUGUCCGCUUGAGCUUAGACACAUUCACAGCACCCCAGCUGCCUGCACAAGUCAUAGAUAAAAAUGAUGAGUGGUCUCAAAAACUUUACUCCCGUCCAAAAUCCAACAGUCAGAGUACUAUUGAUAGAGAAAAGUCAUCAAGUCUAGAAAGAAAUAAGAAACUGGAUAGUCCCAGUUCUCUAAAAGAGAAGCCUAGUCCAAAGUUCUUUAAAAAGUUUGGUAACAAUAACAAACCAAAGAAAUUGUUAGAGGAGAGAAUUAUUGUUGGUGAAGAGAACAUUGUUGAAGAAGAUUCUAUUAAUCCAGCAUUUAAUAACAUUCCCAAGACUGUCCUGCAACAGUUUGAUGGAAAGACAAGAGAAGAUUUAAUUGUCAUGAUCUAUAACAUGCAGAAAGAUGCGGAAUCUGAAAAGAAAAAGAACAAAGAUUUAGAAAAUUAUCUAGAUGAAUUGUUACUUAGAGUGAUGGAAACAACACCAAGAAUCUUACAAAACCCAUAUACAAGAAAUAACAGUAUGCAUAUCAGAAACAAGUGAAUUUAAAACUUUCUGAAAUCUAUAUUUACCAUCAGAAGUGAAUUAUAUUUUUAUGAUAAUCACUAUUUUGAAAAAACUUUACAGAAUCGAGUCCAUCCAAAAUAAAAAUUAUUAAUGCAAAGAUUGUGUCAUAGUGGAUAACUUAUGGUAUAAUUUAAAUUUUAACAAAAGAUAUUGGAUGUCUUGAAAACUGUGGCACAGUAUUAUAAAAUAAUCUUAGGUAAGUAUUUGUCAGUUGAGUUAUGAGAUUCCUAGUUAUAGACUAAAUAAUUUCUUCUUUAUUGUGCAGAUAAAAUACAAGUGUACUUCCUUACAUUAAUUGCUAGUAAAAUAUUUCUUCAACUGUUUGUGCCUUAUAAAUUUUACUAAAUCUGUGAUACAGCAAAUUUCAUUUAAUAAAAUACUAUGAGAAUUAUUAAAUUAAUAGCCAUUAUAAUAAAAACAUACUCACUUUAUAUAUAACAAACAUGUCAAUGUUAUCUAAACUUAAUAUCUUUUAGCAAUAAAGCAAAAAAGCAAAUAUCACCUGUUAAGUGAUCACUUUAACCUGAGUGCCAAAUAUAUCCCAUAUUUUUUGUCCAUGAGUAAAAACAUUCCCAAUUUGUUAAAGUGCACAUGAAAUUUGUUGAAAAAUGUUUAUGUACUACUUCAGGUCUCAGUUCAUAUGUAAUUACUGAAUUAUGUAGUUAUUUACAAUACUAUUUAUGGCAAUUCAUUAAAAUAAAUCUUUUAAGAAUUGUUACAUUUUAUUUUUUGUAUGUUUAAACUACAAUGGACAAAUAAAA